UGAGCGACAGACCGACGCCGGAAGCGGAAGUGACGACCCGCUCGGAGUGGGAGAGCGUUUGUGUGUAGACGGGAUGGAGUGUACGGCACCGGGAUGAGCUGAGAGCCGUGUCCUAACCGGAAGCAGACGGGAGAGAUCCAGGGAGGUUGCUACUCGCUCCGUAAUUAGUCGGGGGUCACCCUACCUUGGCACUAGGUUGGCUGUAUAAGAAGAAUAAAGCAAUGCUUAACGUGAAGGAGGAGAAACACCAGCAUCCACAUGGACACGAAGAGAAGCAUAAGAAGAGGAAACGGGGGAGACCGUUGGGGAGCACAAAGAAAAAGCCCCUGCUUGAAGGCGAAUCUCCAUCCACUGAAUUUGUAGUUAAGAGAGGGAGAGGAAGACCGCGGAAAUGUGAACUGGCCCACCUAAACGGGAUACUGACCAGCGAUGGAGAGUCGGCCCCAAAAAAGGGACGCGGUAGGCCUAGGAAAAUACAGAAAAUGGAGGAAAGUUCUGAAGAGUCCUCCAUGAGCUGUGUUGAUGUUUCCCCUAAUCCCAUGAAGACGGAGGAUUGCUACGAUAGUGAUGAAGAUAUAAGUGGGUCCAAACCCCAGAAAAAAGAGCUUAGAGCCAGCACCUCAACAAGGGCCGGGAAGAAUACUCAUCCCGUUGGUGUAUUGCCUCAAAGGGGCUGGGCCCAGACUGGAACCGGCGAGCUCCUUCCACCAACCAGAGAAACGCAUGGGUCUCAAUACCCGGGCUGGGAAACUGAUCCAGCACCUGUGAGCUGGGUGCCAGGAGGGGCCAUUGACGAGUCUGCGAAUACCGUGACACACUGGGUUGUUGAGGAACCCCAAGGCCCGCAGCAGUGUCCUGUGCACGCAGAAGGACACGAACAGCAUGAGUUUAGAGAGGAUCUCCUGCGUGGAUUGGCUGAAUUACGGUAUCAACUGACACGGGAGCUGGCAGCCGCAAGAGGGGAGAUGCGGGAAGGGGCUGAGCUGGUAAGAACGGCCAUCGAUGGGGUAUCUGCUGAGAUUCGCCGGCUUUGUCUCCUGUUACAGCCGCUAAUCACAAUGCUGACUUCAGGGAAUGGGACGCGUCCCCAGCAGAGCUCGUCCCCUGCCAGCAGCACGCUUCGCCCGCAGCAGGACACUCCAUCUAACGACCCACCAAGUGCCACUCAAGAAGGUCCACACUCUGUCGACCCCAUUGUCCCACAGGAUACUGUCCAUAAUGUGCUACACGUUAACACACCUUCUGGAAACACAGUCGGUCUCGGUAAUCAGGUCUCAGUUCCCGCUAAAUGCCCGAGCCCCUCGCAUGAAGACGUUCCAUGUUCCCCGUCUCCAGACGACCAUCACCAAGAUAUGCCCCCUGUGAAGAGUUCCUCAACGACCAUCAACAACUUCAGCAAGUCGCCUGAAGCUUCCCCCUCACACACACCGGAUGACCAUCAGCCCGUAGCAAAGCCCGCUACACCUGACACCCCAAUGCAGCAAGACAUUACACUUUCUGAAUAUCAGCAGAAUAUAUCGGAUGCAUUGAGUUGUCUAUCAAGCAUCAAAAGCAGUUUAUGCCAAAAGCUUGAAACGUCUACCGAAAACACAUCGUGUCCCUCCGUAGAUAGUAAAAAUUCCCCCAAAUCUACGAGCCCACCCAGACAGAUCAUGCCAGCCGGCCAGUCCCUGGAUGAGCCUCCGCAGGGUGCUGGCCCACCAACCAAUAACAACCUCUGCCAGGCUCAGGAUGAAGCCCCGGUCUUAUUGGCUAGCCAAGCUGUAGAUACCGCCGUUUCAUUGGGUGACGGAUCUCCUAAUACAGUGUCGUAUCCCUCGGCCAGUAACUCUCCUCUGCCAGUGCAGGAAACAUCGAUGUUAUUUACGCAUGUUGCGGAGGAAAGCCUUGGAAUGAUGUCAGAUAACUCUGUGCUAUCGCACUCGGCAGCCACGCUGUCCCAAGACUGUAUCCAAAUGUUACAAACCAACACCAUGAUGUCAGAGGACUCGGCUGUCAUGCCACAGGCCCUUCCGCCAUCACCACACAUGGGUACGGCGUCACUACAGUCGGAGAGGGACGUGGCUCUGAUGCUAUCACAAGACUCCAAGUCGCCGGUAUCGCUCGCUGACUUCCCGUCCAUGAGGCCGGCAGAAAUGGACGCUGGCUUUCCUCUGAGUUAACGCACGGGAAAUGUUUCUAUUCCGAUGAGUUCAGACAUACGUAUCGAUGAUGUCACAACCCCCCCCCGUGAAUUUAUUUUAAAAUUCUGGUUAUAUUGCUGAAACCUGCGGCUGGCCGGCCUCGAUGGAUUUUAUACGUUUGUGACUUGCUUUCUCAUGAAACGUGUAGCGUGUUUGUGUACCAUCAGCGUGUUGUACAGAACAUAACUUUUAUCAUUCGGUUUAUAAGCAAAUAAAAGUCACAGUUCACGCGGGA